ACCCCGGCGAGGGAGACGAUGGAGACGCUGUCGGCGCUCGAGAUCGCGGAGCAGAUGACCUAUCUCGACCACAAGAUCUUCGUAGCCAUCCGGAGCGAGGAGUUGCUGAGCCAGGCGUGGAUGAAGGCGGAGAAGGCGAUGAAGGCGCCGCAUGUCGUCAUGAUCACCCGUCGCUUUAACGAGGUGUCUCGGCUGGUGGCCUCGGAGAUCCUGCGCCAGUCGGCGCUGCCGUCGCGGGUCGCCGUCUUGGAGAAGUGGGCCGCCGUGGCAGAUAUCUGCCGGUGUUUGCACAAUUUCAACGGGAUCUUGCAGAUUUGCUCGGCGUUCAUGAAUUCCUCGGUCUAUCGACUCAAGAAAACAUGGGACAAGAUCUCUAAGACGACUCGCCAAACGGUGGAGAAGUUGCAGAAGCUGGUGUCGGCCGAUUGCCGGUUCCGGAACCUGCGUGACGCGCUGCACCACUGCGACCCGCCGUGCAUUCCGUACCUGGGGCUCUACCUCACGGACCUGUCCUUCAUCGAGGAGGGCACGCCGACCUUCACGGACGACAAUCUCCUCAACUUCGCCAAGAUGAGAAUGAUAGCACACGUGAUCCAGGAGAUCCAGCACUACCAGCAGACUCCGUACCGCGUGGAGCCGGUGACGAAAGUGAUCAACUUCCUCCUCGACCAAUCCCUCCUCCUGCCGGAGGACGAUCUGUAUCAUCUGUCCCUCCAGUACGAGCCGAGGACCAAUCGGAUGUCGGUCUCGGCGGGGAGCUGCAUCGCGCCGGAGGAAAGCUCCGGGUGAACGGCGCUUGCAGGCGUUUGCGGGCGUUUGCGGGCGUUUGCGGGGGUUUGCAGAUUCUACAAUCGGUCCUACCCAGGUAUCACCUUGUGAUAUGUUCGUUCUCAUUAUUGCAGAAGAAAUCCAGAUCUUUAUCGUUCUUGUUGCCGCGGGUAAGCGUUGAGUAUUUCUCGAGUCUUCCAGGAAUCCUGUCCCGAUCGGGUUCUUGCCAAUUUUCCCCGCCGUUUUUCCAGGCCGUCUCUUUCCUCUGUCAAAAUAUACAGGCAUUCCUGGACUUGCUCAACAGAGUCUCUUUUUUUUUUGCACACCAAACUGCAAUAAAUGCAGAGAGUCGAAUCUCGUGUCCAAUUUUCCAUUUUGCUCGUGAUGAGAUUUUCCCCUCGGAUCUCAGACUUGUAUAUUCGUAAUUUCCCCCUUCGUCUCGCACAAUCUCUCCCCUUCGUGGUGCCAAUUAAAUUUGCACGUGGUUGGAUGACCCCCUUCUACCCCGAAUUCGUACCGAGUUUCGCAUCUCGAUUCCCUCCGUUUCCCUCGUCCCCCUUAGAGAAAGAAAUCGGAAAACCAAGGCAAUUGUGAAUCCCAGUGAACACAAUGUGAUCUCAUGUCUUUUGUACAAUCGUGUUUGCCCUCUUUCAAAUUUUAUUGCCAAGAAAGAAAUAAAAAUCUUUCCAC